AUGGCUGGAUUUUCGGAUUUUAGCUGUGUAAUUGACGAUAUUGUGAUAUUAAAUUUCGAAAUUAAUACAACUCAGUAUAGGAAAAAUCAAGAAUUUGUAAAGAACAUCUUAAGAAUACAGAUCAUGGCUACGUUUUAUAACAAAUUAACAACUGAUAAAGGAUCUUUUCCAUUGAUUGUAUUGACAUUUUCCCAUUUUGUAAUGAUUGAGCAACAUGUUGGUGAAAUCAUAAAUGAUUAUGAAAAUCGGCCACCACCGCAAGGGAAUCACUCGCCGCCAUGGACUGGAUCAGACACGAGUAAAUUCAGCAAAGUCAUCGGAUCAACUGUCGCCGCCAUGGACUGGAUCAGACACGAACAAUUGUUAGUCAUCAAACAACUCAUAACUUCACCGCCAUGGACUGGAUCAGACAUGAAGCUAUGGCGUCUCCUUGGUAAACAAGGGAAGUUCUCGCCGCCAAGGACUGGACCAGACACGAGAAACUUCGGCAUAGUUGUACCCUCGUUAUUUUCCCAAUUUGCGGUCAUGACAGCAGUACUUAGAAGUAUUAAAUUCUUGGAUUUUAGAGCUUCUGAGGAAUAUGAUAUCUGUACUUACUUUAAGAGGGUGGAAGCUAAAUAUUGGCAGCUGAAACAUUACUUAAGUUUUCGUCUGAAAAACGAUGAUACAAUUUUACCGUGGUCAGCCGUUUACGAUUUGCUUGAUAUCUGUGAAACUUUCGAGGGUUCCACUGUACGAAAAGACUGUGAGAAGUUUUAUAACGAUUUCUAUCAACUUAAUCUUGACAAGCACGCUGAAAAGAAUUCUGUCGAGAGAAUUCGGUUACUCGAUUCAGCAAUAUUUUCAGAACGUAAUUAUUCAGUAUUCUUACAAACAGCGUUCAAUAAACGAAUAAGAGAAGAAGCUUCGUCGUCUGAUGAAAAACGAAUUCGUCACGAAGAACCUGAAUUGGCUUGUAUUAAAUCCAGUCGAGAGGAAGACAAGCAAGAGAAGAUCGAAAAUGAUGAGAUUCUCAAUUCUCCGCGUGUUGUAACUCUUCAUAUUGCCACUCCAGCUUCUCCGACUCCUCAAUUUACACAGGCUCAACGCAACGAUCUUGAAUAUGAUAAUGAUGUUGAUGAGACAGAGGAACUUCUACCUCUCGAUCAUAUUGAAGAUAGUUGGAUAACAAAAAAACUAGCCAAAGUUAAAAAGGGAAUUGCGAGAUACAACAUAAUUUUUUUACCGGAAUGUAACAGAAAUGAUCAAUUAAGGUCCAAGUUUUCCGAUGACGAAUGGUCAGAUUUUGAGGAAUUUUUUUUUAAAAAAGAGGAAGAAAUCGCAAAAAAAGUCUUCCCAUCACUUAGCAAAGUGGAAAUUAUCUUAAAUAGGUACCGGGAAGCCAUAAUAAAUGCAAGUGAGGACGGAUACAUCGAUUUAGAUAGAAUUGAUGUUAUCUACGAUUAUCCGAAUGGAUAUAAAUUUAGAAAAAAUUGGCUUGAAAGAUGGGUAGAUAAUGUCUACCAAAAAUUCUUGACAUGCUUUCACAUACCUAAAAAUGUCCUUAACGAAAGAUUCACAAGCGAAUACCAGUAUAGAAGUUGUGGCGAAGUAGAAAACAAACAUCGAAAAGUGCAACUGGAUUUGUCGAAGAAUCCUGGCGAUCGAAAGUCUGUCGGAUGGUAUCAUGAUGGUGUACUCUCAACCAAUGUUAAUGGAAUUGAAGUAUAUGUUGGGUUUUUAGAAGUUACCGGAAAUGCUGUGGUAACCGAUCAUACUAAAUUUCUGGGGGAUCUGAAGAAAAUGUUAAAGGCAAUGCGUUUGGCUUUUCAUGAGCUUCAGAAAACUUUAUAUAAUGAUGGAAUUGUUGAUAAAAAAGACGAAAAUAUAGCUGACAGUUUAGAAAUUUUCGGAAUUCUCGUGGAUAGAAAAGAUUUCUGUUUCUACACUAUGCAUCAUCAUAAUGGAAUAUAUUUGGUAGACGAAAUCAACGUUUCUUUUAUAAUACCAGAUACUCCUAUACAAUUGUAUAUGGUAAAGGAGAUUAUAGAAAAAUUGUUAACAUUUAGAGCUCGUAUUGAAAAAUUAAACACUCGAAUUAAGGAGCUUUCAAGCAUUAGAAUAACACGACGACCACGUCGAAUAACACCUGCGGUUGAUGCGACACCAAAAUUAUUAUUUACUUAA